UCCCCUUUUAGGACUGAGUAAGGACAGGCGGGGGUGGGGACAGCUGGGACUUGGGGCACUGCAGGCAAAGACUCUGGGCCCUCUCCCACGCUGCCAGCCCUCUGUAACCCCUCCCUCCAGGUUGGGGGGGAGGGGGACAGCACCCAGAGGGUUAAGGCUGUAGGGGGGAGGGGCUGGGCCAGGUCGUGGGCGGCCCCUUUGAAGGAGGGAGCUGGAGCAGGGGAACAGCCACCCUACCUCCCCCCCACGGCCUGGCCCUCCUCUCGCCCCUCCCAACCUGCUGCCCCCAGGGGCCAGGAGGAGUUGCCGGCAAGGCCCCUCAGCGUUCAGGAGAAGAUGGGGAGCCCCGAGGAUGACCUGAUUGGAAUUCCAUUUCCAGACCACAGCAGUGAGCUCCUGAGCUGCCUUAACGAGCAGCGCCAGCUGGGCCACCUAUGUGACCUCACCAUCCGGACACAGGGCCUUGAGUACCGCACCCAUAGGGCUGUGCUGGCUGCCUGCAGCCACUACUUCAAGAAGCUCUUCACUGAGGGUGGUGGUGGGGCAGUCAUGGGGACAGGGGGUGGUGGGGCAGUGGCUGGGGGAGCAGGGGCCGGUGUGUGUGAGCUGGACUUUGUAGGACCAGAGGCACUAGGUGCCCUGCUCGAAUUUGCCUAUACAGCCACACUGACCACCAGCAGCGCCAACAUGCCGGCCGUGCUCCAGGCAGCCCGGCUGCUGGAGAUCCCAUGUGUCAUUGCUGCCUGCAUGGAGAUUCUACAAGGCAGUGGACUAGAAGCUCCCAGCCCAGAUGAGGAUGACUGUGAGCGAGCCCGACAGUACCUGGAGGCUUUUGCCACCACCACAACCUCAGGCGUUCCCAAUGGUGAAGACAGCCCUCCACAGGUGCCUCUCCUGCCACCUCCACCACUACCACCUCGGCCCGUUGCCCGCCGCAGCCGCAAGCCCCGAAAAGCUUUCUUGCAAACCAAGGGGGCCCGGGCAAACCAUCUAGUACCUGAGGCGCCCACAGUGCCCACCCAUCCCUUGACCUACGAAGAGGAAGAAACAGUGGGUAGAGUGGGCAGCAGUGGAGGCAGUGGACUGGGGGACAGCUACAGCCCUCCCACAGGAAUUGCCUCACCUCCUGAGGGUCCCCUGAGCUAUGACACCUAUGAAGGUGAAGAAGAAGAAGAGGAGCUGGUGUAUCCCCCAGCCUAUGGGCCAGCGCAGGGCGGCGGGCCCCCACUAUCCCCAGAGGAGCUGGGCUCAGAUGAAGAUGCCAUCGAUCCUGACUUGAUGGUCUACCUAAGUUCCCUGCACCAGGAUGCCCUGGCCCCAGGCCUGGAUGGCCAAGAUAAGCUGGUGCGGAAACGCCGCUCCCAGAUGCCCCAGGAGUGCCCAGUCUGCCACAAGAUAAUUCAUGGGGCAGGCAAACUACCACGCCACAUGAGGACCCAUACUGGCGAGAAGCCCUUUGCCUGUGAGGUCUGCGGUGUUCGAUUCACCAGGAAUGACAAGCUGAAGAUCCACAUGCGGAAGCACACAGGAGAACGCCCCUACUCGUGCCCACACUGCCCAGCCCGCUUCCUGCACAGCUACGACCUCAAGAACCACAUGCACCUGCACACGGGGGACAGACCCUAUGAGUGCCACCUGUGCCACAAGGCUUUCGCCAAGGAGGACCACCUGCAGCGCCACCUCAAGGGCCAGAACUGCCUGGAGGUGCGAACCCGGAGGCGCCGCAAGGACGAUGCACCACCGCACUACCCACCACCCUCCACAGCCACCCCAUCCCCUGCUGGCCUCGACCUCUCCAAUGGCCACCUGGACACCUUCCGCCUCUCUCUGGCUCGAUUCUGGGAGCAGUCAGCCCCCACAGGGCCCCCGGUCUCCACCCCAGGGCCCCCUGAUGACGACGAGGAGGAAGGGGCACCCACCACACCCCAGGCUGAAGGUGCCAUGGAGUCCUCUUAAAGAGGAAGGAGUGGCCAGGCUGAGCAGCACAAGGGCAGGGACACCCAUGCCAAGCAGUGGGAGCAUGCAGGACAGACAGCUGGGGUCAGGGGCACUGAGCCUUGCUGGGGUCAGAAUCAGCCCCUUCACCCCCAGAUCCCUCAUUCCAACUCCAAGCUGAGAAGGUUUGGGAGCAGAGGCUCCCCAGAUUGGGGUGAUCCCCCAAGAAGUGAUACAUAUGAUAUUAUGUAUAUAUUUACAGCUCUAUUGUAAAGGUGGGGUCCCUGUCGCCAGCUGCUCCUGGGGAGUAGAAGCAAUAAUGUAUUUCUGAUCUGUGGGGUCCCACUUCGGCUAUGCGGGUUUCUAGGGGGCGGGGGCUUGGGACCAAAGCCUUGCCCCGCUCCCAUGCCCCUUUGGGGGUUUUGGCUGUGUAAGGGGGUGAAGGACUGCCCCUCCCUUCUGAGACCCCUCCUUCCUGGUUUCUGUUCCCUUUUCCUGGUAGUGAAUUAUGCAAAGGGGGGUGGCAAAGGAAGAGUAGGUGGGGGAAAGCAAGGUGGAAGCUCGAAAGAGUGGGGGGACUGGGCCUGUAAGGAAGGAGCCAUCCCAGUCCCCCUCCGCCCUGCUCCAGCGCUGAGUCAUGGGGUCCUGGAGAAGAAGGGGGCGGGGUGGCCUGAUUGGCUCGCCCGCCCCUGGGGGCAGCGGGAGGAGCCCCGCCCAGCUAGGGGAGCCGCUCAGCUCCACUCCUCUCCCCUUCCCUCCCCUCCCGCGUCCCGGGGCAGGGAAUGUCUUGUUCCCGCCGCUCCCUCCCUGGGGCCAGAGGGCAGGGCGGGCCGGGCGGCGUCUUACCCUCUUCUCCUCCCCACCUCCUCCCCGCCCAGGUGCGAGCCGGAGCCGCCGACACCGCUGCCGCCCCUGACUCACGCCGCCCCCGGGCUGGCGGGACGCAGGGUGUGGGACAGGGUGAGGGGUUGGGGGGGAAGCCUUGCGAGCGAGCUAGCGCCACCUGGCGGCCAUGCCCUGCGUGGGCGAGCGCCCCCGGCGGUAGCUUCCAGCGAGCUGUCUUCACGCACCCUAGCCACUCUAGCUGGUGAGCGUGCGCCCCCUUGCCAAGGCGCUGCGCUUGCAACUUCUCCUUGGCCGUUGGAAAAGUGGGCUGUGAUCCUGUGGAAAAGGGAUCCCUUUCCCAGAUAUUUACCAGCCGGGCUUCUCAACGGGCAGAGAAUAAUCCCCUCCCUCUUAGGCCUUCCCUCUUAGGAUCGAAUCCACGCCUCCCCGCCCCUGUACAUAGCCUCGUCUGUUGGUCUUGUUGAAAUCUAGUGUCAGAUUUUUAACUACCCAAUUUCGCUGGGGUUGGGGGUACCUACCCACCCCAACCCCUUCCUCGCUGGGUGCUGGACCCCCUUGCGGCCUGGGCUCUGCCUUGCACUAUUUCCCCUCCUUGGCCUGGCGGCCCCUCCCCCUCCUUAAGAGGGGCAGGUUCAGGGGCCCGGUGCUCGCCCUCCCUCCCGUGCACCCCUAUGCCCAUUUGCACAGCUGCCCAGGUACCCCCAACAGUGGGGAGGGGUUACAGGGAGGGGGUAGCGGGACCAGUCCCUGUAUCUAUUUAAAAAGUGAUGAUGUAAUAUAUUGGGGUGGGAGGGGAGGUCGGGUGCCCUGGGCCUCAUCUUAGCAUUUCAGGUGAUGGGGGGAGCCCAGGGCUGGGGAGACCUGGGGCCUAGCCCCAGAGAGUGGGGACAAUAUGGCCUCCCUUCUCCCUACUUGCGGCUUUCCCAGUCAGUGCCUUAGGGGGGGAGGCAUUCCCCCCCUCUCCUGUUCCCUUUCCCCUACCCCUGCCCCCCCCCACCUUGGGUGUAAGCGACAGGAAGAAAUAAUAAUAAUUUAAGAUUCACA